ACCUUGUCCAGUUUCAUUCCGUUCCGCUUUGUUCAACCACUUUUCCUUAGGGACCACGGUAUCCAAUCCUCCUUCAAUCCAAAUCCAAGAUGCCUCAGGGAACUCUUGAAGUUCUUCUAAUCAGUGCCAAGGGCCUUGAGAAUACUGAUUAUCUUUGUAACAUGGACCCUUAUGUGAUCCUAACAUGCCGCACUCAGCAGCAACAAAGCAGUAUUGCAUCAGGUAAAGGAAGUGAUCCAGAGUGGAAUGAGAGUUUUGUAUUCAACCUGUCUCAUGGCGUUUCUGAACUCAAAUUGAAGAUCAUGGACAGUGAUACCGGAACCGGUCAUGAUUUCGUAGGAGAAGCUACCAUUCCAUUGGAUGCAUUGUUUACUGACGGGAACAUCCCAGCCAUGUCCUACAAUGUCGUCAAGGAUGAACACUACUGUGGAGAAAUUAGAAUUGGCCUCACUUUUACGCCUGAGGCUCGCGACGAGCGGCAAGAGCGAAGUUUCGGUGGGUGGAAGGAGUCUGGUUACUGAAAAGUGUGUUUGAAUACAAAUUGAGUGUAACGUUAAAAUACUUUCAUCUCAAUUCAGUUGAGUGUCCGUUUGUAAUAGUAUCAAUGGAUAUCCAAACAUAGAGUCAUAAUUAUUAGUUUCUUUAAUAUAAGUGCUAUUACUUUACGGUAACCUUGAUAAUGUAACUUGGCUUCAUGGAUCUUCUCUGUUGACUGAGUCAUUAUUUUAUUCAAAGCGCAAAACAUACAGAUUC